UUAUAAAAAUUUUGUUCAGUUUCAAUUCAAGCAAGUUCGAGUUUGGACAUGAAGAAGAAGAAAUCGUCUAAUAGAAAUAAUUUCUCAUCAAAAUGCCUACCGUUAUAAAUGACAUAAAAUUAGAUUUUAAGGACGUUUUACUUCGUCCUAAAAGAAGUACAUUAAAAAGCAGAUCAGAUGUGGAUUUGUAUCGAGAAAUUACGUUUCGCCAUUCAAAACAAACAUAUAAUGGAAUACCCGUGACGGCAUCUAAUAUGGAGACGAUUGGAACUUUUGAAAUAGCCACAGUUUUGGCAAAGUACGGAUUUUUUACAAUUCUGCAUAAAUAUUAUACAAUAGAAGAGUGGAAAGAAUUUGCGGAUAAACAUCCCGACUGUAUUAAAUAUACUGCCGCUACUUCAGGAACUGGUGUUGAAGACCUUGAGCGUUUGAAAUGUAUUUUAAAUGCAGUACCAGAAAUUGCAUUUAUGAGGUAAAAUUCCUGAACUGUC